AGCGCCAGCAGCGCCACCUACAUAACGAACGCCUUGCAGCAACGGCUUUUUUCUCCCAAAAACUUUUGAUAUUUUCUUAGUUUUUUACACGUGAAAACUUAGUGAUUGUGACCAUUUAUUGUUUGUCGGAGUAUUUGUUCAGCUGGGAAAAUGACGACAGCCAGGAAAAUAGAAAGCUGCCCGACGGACGACAUCCCGCUGGAGUUGUAUGAUGCCUCCACAAAAACCAAGUACCAGCGGGCCCGAUAUUUCGGAAAGGGUGGCUUUGCAAAGUGCUAUGAAAUCAUUGAUGCAACGACGAGUAAAUCAUACGCCGGCAAAGUCGUGUCGAAGAAGUUGAUGGUGAAGGAUAGCCAAAAGGAGAAGAUGACUCAAGAAAUAUCCAUCCACAGAUCACUGAGCCACAAGAAUAUCGUUCAGUUUUACAGCUUCUUCGAUGACAAAAUUAACAUCUACAUUGUGCUGGAAUUGUGCCAGAGGCGGUCUAUGAUGGAGCUGCAUAAGCGUAGGAAGACAAUAACAGACUUUGAGUGCCGCUACUACAUCUACCAAAUUUUGCAAGGACUUAAAUACCUACAUGAUCUCAAAGUUAUCCAUCGUGAUAUCAAACUCGGAAACUUAUUUCUAAAUGAGGAAAUGACAGUGAAGAUUGGAGACUUUGGUUUGGCCACCAGAAUUGAAUAUGAGGGAGAGAGAAAGGAGACUAUCUGUGGCACACCAAACUACAUUGCACCUGAAAUUCUCAACCGGAAGGGUCAUUCGUAUGAGGCGGACAUUUGGUCCGUUGGUUGUGUCAUGUACACACUGCUAGUUGGUCGACCACCCUUUGAGACCAAAUCCCUUAAGGAUACCUACUCAAAGAUCCGCAAAUGUGACUACAGGAUUCCAACAGCCUUGAGAUCAACUGCUGCUGAUAUGAUUGUGGCCAUGCUUCAGCCACAUCCCUCGAAGCGACCAAGUGUCAAUAAGUUGUUUGGCUUUGAAUUCCUGUCCGGUAGCGCCAUUCCCGUGUCACUGCCCACAUCAUGCCUCACGAUGCCACCGAGGGCUGAUCAAUUGGAGUACAUUGAUCGUCUGGGCAAUCGUAAACCCUUAUCAAUGGUCAAUGGUGUUGUGGCGCACAAUGCGGUGAAACAAAAUGCCCAUAAACCCAGCCCGGUUAAGGAGCAGAAUAAAAUGGGUCCAACGUACCCCAACGAGAAGGCCUACCAGGCGGAAGUUGAGAAUCUUCAGCGUGAUCUUAUGACGCUUCUUACUGAACUUGACAAGAAACCAAGCAAAAAGAAUGUGGUGAUGACACUAGAGAAUACAGAUCCAGCUUCCCAGCCACUGUUCUGGGUGUCAAAGUGGGUUGAUUAUAGUGACAAAUACGGGUUUGGUUAUCAACUCUGUGACGAAGGUGUGGGUGUCCUGUUCAAUGAUGCCACCAAAUUGAUUAUUCUGGCCAAUGGAAUAAAUGUCCACUUCAUUGACCGUCAUGGAAAUGAGACCUACAUGACAAUGGAACAAUUCCCACAGGAGAUUGAUAAGAAGAUUCGAUUACUCACCUACUUUAAGCGCUACAUGUCGGAACAUUUGGUCAAGACUGGUGCAUCCAAUGUGACGGAAUUCGAUGCAAUCUCCAGAGUUCCGCAUUUGUUUGCCUGGUUCAGGACAAAUUGUGCAGUUAUUAUGUAUUUGACCAAUGGAACGGUUCAGCUAAACUUCUCAGAUCACGUAAAGAUCAUCCUGUGCCCAUUGAUGCAGGCUGUGACUGUGAUUGAGCCAGAUAAGAACUUCCGUACGUACACCUUUGCUACCUUGCUUGAGGGUGGAUGCUCACAUGAUUUGCUGGAGAAGCUGCGAUAUGCCGCUGACCGACUAGAAGAGGGAAGAACUAUCGAACGACGAAUUACUUCCUUGAGCCCCGGAAAAGUUAAGUACUAGUAGAGAGAAUGAGAGUGAGAAGAGAGAAGAAGAGUUUUGCUCAAAAUUCAAUUUAUCUUCUUUUUUGCAUUUGCACGAAAUGCCAUGAAAAUGAUUUUGAAAAACAUAAAAAUAAUAAUUGAAAAAAAAAAUGUCCAAGAAAUUGUAAUAGGCACAAAAUUAAAAGGAAAAAAUUGGACCAUACAUUCAAUAAAAGCAGCGAUAUGAUGAAAAAAGAAAAACAAGAA